CACUGUGUUAGUGGGUUAGAGAGACGAUUUUAUAGAAUGAACAAAAAUACAAAUAUAGCAAUUUGUAGUAACGACUCAAUUUUAAAUCGAUGUUCAAGUUUCUCAAAUAGAAUUUAAUCUAUCCCCUCCUCCCCUGCCCAAAAAAAAGAUGAACAUACAAUGGAAAACACAACCUAUAUGAAAGAUUAUACAAAAUAAUUGUAAUUAUAGUACAAAUUCGUCAAAAUUUGUUGUGAAUUUCUUUACACAAAAUUAACAAGUAUGUUAGGACGACAAAUAUUUUUGGAACUUAUGGAUAAUCAACGCAAUCAAAGACGUAAUGAAUUUAUUCGACAACUUUCUGCAAAUCAAGGACAUAGGAUAUCAUUUAAUGAAUUAGUAAAUAUACCAUCUUUAAGGAACGACGGACUCUUGUUUGAUUUAAAUUUUAUUCUUCUCGAAGAUAAUGACCAUAGCCAGCCGAAUAAUUUAUGUUUCCGAACGUUAGUACAAACAAGAAAUUGAAUUUCUUAAGUGAAAUGAAUUGUCAAGAGGAAACAAAAUAACUUGUUAAUUAUGCUUUAGUAAUACUGAGAAUAUACCUAAUCGAUAUUUAUUGGAAUAUAUCAGACAAAUGAAAGAAAGAUAUCUAAUUAUGGAAAGAGAAUUAACAAGAGUGAAAACAUUAAUCCCUAUAAUAACACGAAAUACCAAUGCCGUACAUCAAUCGUCGCAAACAGAUGUAAAUUGGAAACAUCGUUCCCUAACAAAGUACGGACACUUUUUUGGAACUCUUCCAAAAAAUCAGUACAAAAAGAAUCAAGAACAAAUUAGCGUUUCAUCACGAAGGAAACGUCACACUAUGAAAAAAAAUAAAGAUUCAAUUAAUGAAACCUUUGAUGAUCCAGAUUGGAAGAAAUACAGAAAAUCUUCACAGAAUUUACAGAAUGAUAUUUAUCCUAUAAAAGAGCCUGAUAGCAACUCGUUUCAAUCAAGAAUACUAAUUAACAAUUCAACAGCAGUUUGUUCGAUGCAGAAUAUUGCUAUGAUACUUCCACAGGAUUCAACUCAAUUGAUUGAUUCGUCGAGAUACAAAACAACAAAUUCUAAAACAAAUAGUGAGAUUCAUAAAGCUGUGAAUAAAUGUGAUUCCGAUCAUUCGAAAAUCACUUUUGGUAAAUCGAGGAAACAUUUUGGUCCCCCUGAAACGCGAAAGGCGUCGAUGGAAGUAUGCCAAAGCUUCGACAAGAAACAUGAGCCGGAAACGUCCUACUAUACUGACUUCGAUGUUAAACAUGAAGAUCAUACGCAGACUAAACCUGCUGUAUAUACACCAGAAUUUCGACCUAUAAUGGGAUCAAAGUUUAACAGCGAUAUUUCCGAUCAAUCUACGUUUCAUUGUCAGCAACAAAAUACCAAUUGCGAAGAAAAGUGUAUGUUCAAAAGAACUAAAUUUUUCGAAAAUACGGAUGUUCAUCGAAAAGAUAAUUUUAAUAUUCGUGUUCAAACACCUCAAGGCAAUCGCAGCUAUUGGAACAAUCAUGCGAAGAAGUUAUCCUAUGAAGGAACACAUUGUACAAGCGAUUCACCCAGACAAUUUACGCGUAUGAUCCAGAGACAGAAAAAAGAAAUACAUAAGAAAAUACCAACUCCGCGUAGCAACGUUCAUACCGCUUAUACUCCUAUGGUGCAAUCUCCUACGUGGAAUCCUUUGUUAGAUCCCAAUAGCUUUACCAUUCAAUUGUUGAGACUUGCGGUGUUACUUUAUGCUCCGGCAUUGAUGCCGGCAUUAAAUUCAUUGAUUGCCCGACAGAGUAUUCAAACGACAAUUCCAAUACCUUGUUCCGAAGGUUCAAACGACUUGUUGACGCAAAUUUUUACAAUUUUGAACAAUCAGCAAUGUGUCCCAAAUUUACCGUAUGUAUCAAAUCCUCGAAUCAACGAAAACUCUCGACAAUUUCGAGAAUCGAAUUCGCAUAAUUUAUCGUCGCGAUCAAAUUCGCUUCCUGAGAAUCCUUCGAAGCAACUCGGAGAUGAUGCUUGUAGCGUGAAAACUUUUGAAAACAACCAGUUUGAAAAAAAUUCAGUUGCUGUAAAUACAUCUUUAGAAAUAUGUAACUGUAAUAAUAUGAAACAAUCAUCUUCGCGUUGCAGUAAAAAUACUUUACACGAUCAAAUAGAAGAAAAUGAAAGGUUGAUGUAUACAUGGACAAACAAAAAGUCAAAAUCGUCAGAAACAGUAGUAUUAGAAAAAUCAGUGCUACAAUCCGAAGAAAACAAGGAAGAAGUUUCGAAAAAGGAACAAGAAGAUGCUGAAUUCUCUGAAACUCUGUUAAUGCAAGAUGACAUUACCGUUUGCGAUGAUGAAAGUUGGGAUGAUCCAAAAUCUAAGUUUAAAAAUAUUUGGAAAUGUUGAUCAAAUACAAAGUUCAUCGUACUUCAAUAAAAAUAUCUUUAGAUACUAUUGAAAUACUGAA